AUGAUGCAGAGGAGACUGGCACUGACACUGGCACUGGCCCGACGGUGCUCUGUUGGUACCGGGGUACAGCAGUGUGCCCGCUGUUUGGCCACUGAUUCAGACCCCGCUCCCGCUUCCGCUCCCGCUCCUGCCCCGUCGGGCUCCGUCGACUAUCAGUUGCCCGCCGCCUCGUGGUCGGUGCACGAUCUCGUCCAGCGGGCGCGAGACAGCCCCGACAGCAGCUGGUCCGACGCCGACGUCCUACGCUUGGCCCGGCUGAGCGCUCUCCACGUGAACCAAGCCGACUUGCCCACCUUUAAGGCAAAUCUGCAACAAAUCGACGCCUUUGUGGCUCAAGUUCAAGACGCUCCCAUCGACGAUACUGUUGAGCCACUGGUCGUCUUGGCGUCACGCUGCCUCGUCUUGAACAUGGUUUCUUUCACUCGCCACGCGAAGCUUCUUUUCGCAUCAACGAUGCGACUGACGGAGCAGCCGAUGACGCGCCGGCCGGUUAACCAGCGCAUCUUCAUCGUACCUCGACGCCUGCAACACCAGCGUCCCGACGUGAGCAACAAGCAACACCGAGUUUUGAAGCAGCUUCGUGCUGCACAAAAUAGCAAGGACGCAGCCAUCAUUGAGAGCUUUUCCGUAUUGACAACUGCAUUGGAGCAUGGGUUUGUGCCCACUCUCGUCUGCACCACACCACCACGACAAGCAUCUAUCGCUGCCCUCUUGGCCAAACACAACGUUUCAACCCACAUUUGGACAGUGGACGAGUCUAUUUUGCGUCAGCUCAUGCUGCAGCCUCGCUUUGAGCCCCUGAUUGCUACUGGUAUGUUCAAGUGCCGGCUGGAGUUUUGGUCGUGUUUUGUUGCUCGCUGUCAUUGUCCCAUGGUUUUGCAUACCGGAGUGCUCUGCCGCCUCGAAAAAAACACCACGGCUGGCAUGGAGUACUUCAAGAGCUCUCGUAUGCGCAUAUUGAGUCUGUGUGAUUGUAUGCUGUCCAAUCCCGACCAAAGACCUCCCAUGUCGUGGAUUGUAGUACCCAAGUCUAGUCAUACAUUUCGUUUCUUCACAUCACCUUUGGAAGUGAUGCGUGCUCCCAUGAAUGUGUGUGCUCACGUCGCUUGCCAUGGCCUUUUUGGUUACGUAGGCACCGCGUCAUUGACACCCGCCCCUGCCGAUUGGCGUCGACUCGUCGUCGUUGCUGCCCAAGAUCCCCACAAUGUGGGCUCAAUAGUCCGCACAGCGCUGGCCUUUGGUGCAGAUGCAAUCUGUGUCUGGGACGGAGCGGCUCAGCCCUUGACGGCUGCAACAAUCAAAGCCAGUGCUGGCCACGUUUUUGCGGGACGCUUCUUGUCUCCGACAGAGGUCCUAAGGGCCGCGCGAUCGACGGCAAGCGAAGUUGCACCAAGCACCUUAUGGACGGCUGCAGAGGCACAUGCGCCAUCAUCGUGGUCACAUCGGCAACUUGAGGAUGUGGCUUGGCCGCAUCGUCGCGUGCUGGUUCUGGGUCAUGAAACUCGGGGUGUGCCGCGAGAUCUGCAGCCAUUUUGCCAGCCUGUGCACAUUGCUAUCCAUCCAGGUGUAGAGAGUCUGAGUGUUGCAGCCGCGGCUGCGAUCCUUUGCGACAGGGUGUUCGCAUUUGAAUGCGCGAAGCAAAGCCACUGAGUGGCCACAGCUUCAAUUGAACGUGAAAUCG